CACAGUAGUGAGGGGCGCUCUUUCGCUGCUUUGGCGCUCUGGGAAUACUAACCAUUUUGCGAGAAAAUAACAACAAAAACUAAUCUUGUCCUCUUCGGCGCGACUUUUACCGCUUCUCUGCCGCCGUGUCCGCCGUGCGACACCCCGCCGACGGUGAUAUUUACCGGCUUCAAGCGAGGAGAAAGCGACAGGGAAUAAGAUACACUGGCAUUUAUGUUCUCAUACCUGCUGCCUUAACCAGCCUGCUUUACUUACCAGCCUGGAGGAUCACAGCAAUCAGGCAAUCAGACUGGUGGGAUGUGAAGGAAGUUUGUUGGAGAUUGCUGAACUUUUUGGAGGGAGCGCCUUGAAGGGGGUUUUGCAACCGCCCCCCCACCCCUCCCCCCGCCACUCCAUCUUCAAACCCUGCUUCCUGUGUGCACACACACACACACUUACACACACGCAGCUGAGGUCGUCUGUUGAAGGAAGUGGGAGGAGCUGCAGCUCUCAGGUGGACCGUUGGACACAGCAAAACCUGACUGUGGAGGUGAAUCCGCUGCUGGCCAUGUGUUUCUGCUGAGGCGUCGUCUUCUGGCAAAAUGAGGCUGGUCCCCGGCUCGCCUCGACCCCGUCUGCUGGUGGUCCUGGCUCUCACCUUAACCGCCGUCUUACCUCAGCUGUCCUCAGGAGCCACACCCUUCCCCCAAGACCUGGAGCCAAUCAGCAUCGUGGGGAGAGAGCACUCCUACCUCUACCCCGGCUUCCAGGGACUCAUGUCUGACAACGACACGGUGCGCCUGGGCCUGGACUUCCAGAGGAUGCUGAGGAUCAACCAUAUGCUCUACAUCGCUGCCAGGGACCAUGUGUUCGCCAUCAAUCUCGCCACCUCCUCCGAGCAGAUCGUCCCACAGCAGAAACUGACUUGGAAGACGAAGGAUGUGGAGAAGUGCACAGUGAGAGGGAAAAACAGCGACGAAUGUUACAACUACAUUAAAGUGCUGGUGCCACGCAACGAUGAGACGCUCUUCGCCUGCGGCACCAACGCCUUCAACCCCACCUGUCGUAACUACAAGAUGUCCACGCUGGAGCAGGACGGGGAGGAGGUGGUGGGACAGGCUCGCUGCCCGUUCGAGUCUCGCCAGUCCAACGUCGGCCUCUUUGCCGGCGGAGAUUUCUACUCAGCCACCAUGACCGACUUCUUGGCGAGCGACGCGGUGAUUUAUCGUAGUCUGGGAGAGAGCAGCCCCGUCCUGCGCACAGUCAAGUACGACUCCAAGUGGCUGCGAGAGCCCCAUUUCCUCCAUGCCAUUGAGUAUGGGAACUACGUGUACUUCUUCUUCAGCGAGAUAGCAGUGGAGUACACCACACUUGGCAAGGUGGUUUUCUCCAGAGUCGCACGUGUUUGCAAGAACGACAACGGAGGUUCCCCGCGGGUGCUGGAGCGCUACUGGACGUCGUUCCUCAAAGCGAGGCUGAACUGCUCCGUGCCCGGCGACUCCUUCUUCUACUUCGACGUCCUGCAGUCGCUCACCAACGUGCUGCAGAUCAACCACCGGCCGGCCGUGCUCGGCGUCUUCACCACGCAGGCUAACAGCAUCACCGGCUCGGCCGUGUGCGCCUUCUACAUGGACGACAUUGAAAAGGCCUUCAACGGCAAAUUCAAAGAGCAGAGGAACAGCGAGUCGGCGUGGACGCCCGUGCCGGAGGAGCAGGUCCCGAAGCCGAGGCCGGGCUGCUGCGCCGGAGACGGAUCCGCCGCCGCCUACAAGUCGUCCACCACGUUCCCCGACGACACCCUGACCUUCAUCAAGUCCUACCCGCUCAUGGACGAGUCGGUGCCCUCGGUGAACGACAGACCCUACUUCACCCGCACCACCAGCAGGUUCAAGUUGAACCAGAUCGCGGUGGACACGUCGGCGGGGCCGUACAAGAACCACACGGUGGUUUUCCUGGGCUCGGAGGACGGCCGCGUGCUGAAGAUCCUGGCCAGCACGCACGGCGCCAACGCCUCGUUCAGCUCGCAGCUCCUGGAGGACAUCGACGUCUACAACCCUGACAAAUGUAACGUGCGGGGCGAGGACAGGAGGGUGCUGGGCCUCGAGCUGGACCGGGAUCAUCACGCGCUCUUCGUGGCCUUCUCCAGCUGCGUGAUCCGCGUGCCUCUCAGCCGCUGCUCCGACUACAGCAACUGCAAGAAGAGCUGUCUGUCUUCACGGGACCCUUACUGUGUUUGGCUCAAGUCGGGCAGCUGCGCCACGGUGUCACCUGGCUUCAAGGGCGGGUUUGAACAGGACGUGGAGAACGGCUUCCAUCAGUACCCUGAUACCUGCCACGAUGUCCUGGCGACGACGCGCAAGCAAAACACGGCAGCAGACUCAGCAUAUGGGAAGACCACACCCACAAGCGCCAGCACAACCUAUCAUGGGGCGGCAUUCCCAAAGGAGGCAGGUGACCCUGAAAGAGGUACAGGUCCUGAUGGCCCUCCCCCCGUGGGGGAACAGGGGUCACCUGACUCGGAGCCAAUCAGUGUGGAGAUGGAGGGUGUGAGGCGGCCUCCUGAGGUUGAGAAGACCAACCACAGUGUCCACUACACCCUCCUGAUUGCCUGUGUUUUGGUGGCUUUCGUCCUGGGCGCUUUCCUCUCCGGCUUCCUCGUCUCCUGCUACUGUAACCACACAGGCCACAAGACGAAGAGACUGGCCAAAGAUCCUGAAGCUCCCAUCCCACACGCCCUGUCCCUCCGCAGCCUAGCCAAGCUCAACGGACUUCUCGAUAGCCAAAACAAAGAUGACAAACUGGAGGUGUCCUCUCCAAAGAUCUACAACUCUUUCUUCCCUAACAGCAAGGAGCAUCAUCCACCAAGGAGAAAUGGCCAUCACGGAGUUACCAUGGGAGACCUGGUUCACCCACACCACCUCCACCACUCCUCAGAGCUCUCUGGUCUGCCUACACCAGACUCAACCCCAGAGCUGCCCAUCAAGAGCAUGAAGGCCUUCAAGAACCAGUGGGAGAAGAACCAGAACUGCAACAAUGCCAAGGAGCCCAAGUCCCACAACAUGAGCUCCAGGCCCAGCUCAGCUCUGCUACACCAGCACGUCUUCCCCUACUCCCAUGGCCUGUCCAAUGGACAGCCACUGGUUGCAGGGCCCUUACACCCAGAAGAACGCAAGAUCCACAAUGCUGAGCGUGUUUUAUCCCAGCAGCCAUAUCCUUGUUAUUCACAGAAGGUGAUGGAGGUCACGUCCCUGGAUGAGCUGUUGAAGCAUAUCCACGAGGCAAAUGGCUCCAAGAACUCCCAGCUCAUGAGCCCAUCUGGUCUAAUGGCCAGUGGUGGAGGCCAGCUACCCUUCGCCAACCGGAUCCAGCCUCAGAUCCCUGAGACAGAGUCGGCGCCCUACUACAGCUCAUCCACUUUACCCCGAGACAGCCUCACCCGACGUAUGGAUGUUCCUCCAGACAUCCCCCCGCACCACCAGUCCACCUUAGAGAGGAGGCACUCCUCCCAGAGGCACUCUCUAAUUGCGGCAGCCACCAAGAUGCCCAAUGGAGGAGCUGGUGGAGGAGGAGCAGGAGGAGGGGGAGGGGGAGGAGGAGGAGGAGGGGGAAUGAUCCCUCGGCAACACAGCUUCAGCCAACGUAACGGCGGUCCCCAUCAACCUCCGCCGCUCCUGGCUCGGAUGAACUCCACCGGCAGCGCCUGUGAGGUCCACUACCCCCUCAUCCCCAACGGGUACCUGACCCGCCAGCACAGCUACAACGGCGAGCAGCAGGAGGUCCUCCACCGGGGGGCCAUUGUCCGCCGAACCUCCUCUCUCAAGCCUGAUGUUCCUCCCAAGCCCCUGUUCAUACCUGCCACAUCCCCGGUCAACCCACAGGGAAAGUUCAACUACUGAGGAAAUGGUGGUGGACUGCUGGACUAGAGAGGGAAUCUCCCUCAUCCUGUCCUCUCAAAGGAACUUCCCCUGAAGAAAUGCACAGGGUUAGAUGUUGCAGACCUUCACCAGAAAACACGACUGAUCGCGUGGCAGCCAUUGUCACUGUGGACGAAGCCUCAACCAAACUUGUUUUUUUCCCUCCUUUUUGUGUCCAACGAAUAUCUUUGUACCAUAUUGGUAUUGCUCAGCUACUUGCUUAUAGAACCGCUGACUCGGGUGGCGUGACGCCACCACCUUAUAUUAGGCUGCCAAUGUCCUCAGUGUGGAUUUACAAUGCAACUUAGUUUUUGGAAGCAUCGAUGUUGAAAAACUUUACACAUCAGUCAUCUUUAAGACUCAAAAGCCGGAGGAUCCCGCAAUGCUUACAAGUUAGACUCUUGCUUUUGCUUACCUUUUCCGAUGUAGUGUUGGUAACCAGUCCCGACCCACCCCACCCUCGAAUGUGUUUAUAUUAUGCAUGUGUGUGUAUAUAUAUGUGUGUUUAUAUCCACACCGUAUAUGUAUACAUAUACAUAUGCAGUACAUGUAACCUGUGGUGAAAAGUCGACAAAUUCCCCUAAAAGUAGUUAUGUCUUUGCCUUACUAUACUAUAAUCAUCUUUGGGCAUAUCAAAUGAUCCCCCCAUAGAAAACACUGGCCACAGCCCUCUUGGUAUGUGGGCAGCUCAUGUCUUAGGGAUACCAAAUCACGCACAUCAUGAACAGAUUUCAUUGUCAAUUGGCUUGAAGAAUUAAACCAAAUUGGAAGAUACUGAGAUGAGAAAGGAUAUCCUUCAACAAAGCAGCUAUACAAGUCUUUUCUUUUCUGGACUAAUUUUCCUUUUCCUUUCCCCUAACCUAUUGCCGAUGUCAGGUUAGAUCUUAAAUCACUAAGUAGGGUCCAUUAAAGUUGCUAUCGAAUAUUGCUGUCAGAUUGGUGCUCCACAACUUCAGUGGCUUCUUCAUCCUUUCAAAUGGAAAUAAACAUGUACUUUUCAAAUAUUUUGGACCCAAAGAGGACAAGACAAACAUGCCAUGCCAUCUGGGAGAAUGAACAUAACAUAGAAUGGACUGCAGUUAUUAUAAUUAUUAACUUUGUGGCUAUUGGUUGUAAAUAAAGGAAUAAUUACUAGCCAAAUUUUAACUGUAUGUGUAAAUGUGUGCCUUAUUUAAUAAUAGUGUGUGAUAUGGGGGUAGGGGUAAUUGCAAGGAGCUAAGAUGGCUACUAUGCUAUAUUGUAGAUGUUUCAUUUUAUAUGGUCGUCAGUAUGUGUCAUAUCUAUUGUAUAUUUGAAGAGUUUCAUUCCAAAAUUAGAUAUUUGCCAAUGAAAAAUGUGUCGCCUAUUCUGACAAACUGAUUGCCGGCAUGAUUGUAAAACUCACUAUUGAAUCGUAGAAACUUAUCUUGAGCCUUUUGCUUAUGAAGCCGUGAUAUUUUAGACAAUGUCAUCAUGUUAUUUUUUUUUUUGUUUGUUUGUUUUCAUAUUUAAUAUCAGGUAAUUGUUUUGCUUUUUUUCCCCAAACGGAUAGCUUUUUGGAAUGAAACCCUUCCUUUGUAUCUGUAUUGAUUUUUUUUUUUUUCUUUUUUUUUUUUUUUUCCACAUCCCUGAAGUGUGAGCCUGCAGGGUUUUCUGGAAAGAGGGUGGCAGAGCAAAAAUACCACGGCCUGAGACUGCAGACGUUUAGGCUGCCUCUGUAUUGUGUCAGUUUCCACUGGGUUUCACUUUUCCUGAUUGCCGUUGUGAACUUUUUCUUUUUAGCAGUAGCAUUAGCAUCUCUUUACUCAUGGAGCACAGUUCCUCUGAACUUAUCCCCCUACAGAUACAGCCACUGUAGAAGUCGCCUUUCACUGCAUGAAUGGAGCAAAUUUGUGCCAUUUUUGCUCCAAUCCCAAGAGGAAUUAUCCGGAAAGUAGUGGUAAUUGAAAGGCAGAGAAUGCUAGCAGGGAGUAGGUCUCUUUUCAGCUGUUGUUCAAUAGGAGUAGUUGCUUGACAGUUUGGUGUUUCAAGGCACUAAUUUGGUUCUGCUGUAGAUUAUUCAAGAAAGACCAGACCAGGCUGAAGACAUGGAGGUGGACUUCUAUAGUGGUUACUGCUGUAGAUUUUUGACAUAUCACCGGGGGUCAACCUCAACAACAUCGGUAGCGAAAUAAACCAACGUGAAUGGAGAUAAUGAAUUUUCUGUUUGGGAGAUGUGUGGAAACACGGAGAAGUGCAAUGAACUCUGUGAUCCGACAAGCUGAGAUUGUCCUUGGAUCAAUAUUGGGGAGCGAUUGUGGAACAGGUUCGCCGGGUUGCCGAACAUCUGCUGAGGAUUUUCCUCAGGGAUGGGGAAGCCAGUUGGCUCAGCCUCACAAAGAUCUCGCCUUCAAAAACUUUCCGCUGUUGCACUUUUCAGCAAAGUCAUUUUGGCCAUGGUUGACUGGAAUCAUGAUCAAUUCUCUGAAAACAACACUACACAAUUUACUGUAUCUGAAAGUGGUAUUUAUUGAUUCAUAUUUCCCAGCUCUCAUCUGGCCCAAUGCAAAAUCUACUAUUCACACUAGAGCCCCAAAUCCAGUAAAAAGAUAAAAGAAUAUGUGGCCUACCGUAUGUACUAUACAAGUUUUGUUGGAAGGAAAUGCGUUGAUUUGGAUGUAACAUGCAAUACUGCAGUAAAUAGCAUAUUGUACAAUGACAAAAAAAAAAACAUCAAACUUUAUGGUUGUGACCAUAAUAUCUCAGAAGAGGAAUUGUGGCAGCUACAGUGUUGGAUGAGCUGAAGUAUAUUUUCUAUUAGCUGGCAACCGAGAUUGUAUGGGAAAGGGAAAGGUCUCUACUUUAAUAGCUAUAUCAGUAUUUGAUUUCUCUGAUCUUGCACAGAGUGUAAAUACAUUCUAUUGGGGCGGGGUCUCAUUGAUUCAGUAUUAUGUUCUUUUUGUUUGAUUUCCAGGCUACGCCUCUUGAACUACUAUGAAUUUGGUCUCACAGAAUACCAUUGUAUGUCUCUUAUACUAGGAAUAAAUGAAAAUACAAUGCAA